AAUCAGACAGCCAUGGAGGAGAAGGAGAAGGAGAUGGUAAAGUUUCCGUACCACCCUCACCCUUUGACACACUUUAACAACAUUUCAGAGCUCGAGUGCCACAUGUGCUUUUCUAAGCCCAACUCCUCCAGGAUCGAAGGCUACAUGUGCACUGUUUGCUUCGAAUGUAAUCUCCACAAGGAAUGCGUUGAGUCGCCAUUGGAGAUCCAUCACCACCCUUAUCACCCUCCCCACCCUCUCUCCCUCCGCCCCCUCUCUCCUUCUGAAUCUUCUGAUACAUGCAGUUGCUGCGGAAAACGGCUCGGGAGAGGAUGGGUCUAUCACUGCCCUAUCUGCAGUUUCAUCAUUCAUCUCCGUUGCGCCAAGGAGCCACCGGUUCUUGAGGUGGACCAGCCCAAGAGCCACGACCACAAGCUCUUCCUCCUCCCUAAACCACGUCCCUUCACCUGUGAUGCCUGCGCGUUACUGCUCGACGGCCCUUCUCUUCCCUGGGCUUGUCUCGAAUGCGGCGUCAUGAUCCAUAGAGAUUGUAUCGACUUACCACGCCUCAUCAGGAUCUCUCGCCACCCACAUCGUAUCCGUUUCACUCCCUCUCCUCCUCUUCCAGCCCAUGAAUCGUCAUCAUUGUCCUGCGGAGUUUGUCUCAAAGUCGCCCACAACCAAUACGGUGCGUAUUCUUGCAUCAAAGACGACUGUCGUUAUGUCGUUCACUCAAAGUGUGCUAUAAGAGAAGAUGUGUGGGAUGGGAAAGACCUCUAUGGAGUGCCGGAAGAACCCGAAGAUGUCGAGAACCCAUUCGAGGUUAUAGAUGACAAAGUCAUACGCCAUUUCAGCCACGAGCAUCACCAUCUUAAACUGAAAGAGGACGAGGACGAUGCAGGCUUUGACGGGAGCGAGCACUGUCAAGCAUGCGGUCUUCCUAUUCGUAUCCACUCCGGCAAUUUCUAUGGCUGCAUGACAGGUGAUUGCGAUUUCGUUAUCCACGAAACAUGUGCAAAUCUACCGAGAAAGACAUGGUACAUGCUACAUCCCCACCGUCUGACACUCAAGCCCUGCAGAAACUGCAACAAUACAUGUUCUGUAUGUGCUCGGGAUUACAGCGGAUUCGUAUAUACGUGUUGCGAAGAGAAUUGCGGUUUUCAGGUUGAUGCGAAUUGCGCUUCAAUCUCCGAACCCUUUAUUCAUAUAAUUCAUCCGCAUCCUCUAAUCCCCGCGUCAGUUCCGACGGAGGACAAGAGAUGCUCGGUUUGUAGAGGAUGGGGAAAUUAUAACCGUAAAAUGAUGGAGUGCAUCGAAAGCGACUUCCUCUUGUGUUUCAGGUGCAUAGCUUUACCAGCCAAGGUAAGGUACAAGCAAGAUAGACACCCUCUCGUUCUUGAAGGCCGAGGUGGUGAAGGGGCCAAAGGCGAGAGCUUUUGGUGCGAAAUCUGCGAGAGGAAAUUGAAUCCGGACGAGGAAUUGUACUAUACGUGCGGAAGCUGUUGUGUCACUGUUCAUGUCCACUGCAUUCUCGGAGAGGAUCCGCUGAUUAAGACGGGUGGCUAUUCCGACCCGUGGGGGAAAUUCGAAGUCGUCGCCAACAACAGCUGUUUCCGACCGCUGUGCCAUCGAUGUCAAAGACGCUGUCCGUUCCCCAUUGUUUUCAAGGCCUAUGAUCAUCACCUCUGUACUCUCACUUGUCUAAACAUGUUCUUAAGAUUUAGAUUUUGAAUAACUUUCCGUUGCAAAAUAAUUAGAAAAUAAGUGGGCUUUAAUUUUUGGGGCUUAUUGUUGCCUCUUCAUAACUUUCCGUUGUAAGAUUGUUUUUGUUCGAAGUAUUAACUGUCUGAAGUUAAGU